AAAACUGCUCUCGGUGAAGACUCUAGUCCUGUGCCUUCCCUCACACGUUCUCACCAGAGAAUGUCCGGUGAACUUGUCGAUCGUUCUUCUCGUUAAAAAAGAGGAUUAAAUUUUUUUUUUUUAUUCUUCAGAGACCAUCAUGUAGGCCGUACAUCAUGCCACAAAACCUCGUCACAAGACUGGGUUGCAACACUGCUCUCAUCAAACUGAACCCGGCAAUACAUCUUCUGGAUAAAUGAAAGAUGCGCGUCUGUCAUCGAAAGUGGCUUAUUUGUGUCCUGCUGCUGACGGCGGUGGGAUCCCUGUUGCUGCUGUUGCUGUCAGACAUCGAAAUCAUGCAGGUUACUCCCAGCAGGUUGAUGACAGACUCCACAAUCAGGCGCCAUGUUUAUGACACGGAGCGUCCAAAGCAUCGUCACUCUGCACCUGACACAGCAAGUCAUGUCAGUGGCACAAGGUGCACGCCUCGUCAGCACGUGGUCUUCUGGAAGAUACAUAAGACAGGGAGUUCCACAGUGGCCAACAUCCUCCAGCGGUACGGGUACAUUCGCCAUCUCAACUUUGUUUUGCCCAGAAAGCGGCUACAUGCCGCGAGCUACAACUACCUCAACAAGCCCGGCGAGCCACUCACCGCCAGAAGCCUGAUUCCGCCUCCAACGGCCAGCACUACGACUGCUGUGGAACCACGGCAUCUACAACAGCACCUUCAUCCACAGCAUCAUGCCGCUCGAUGCAGUCUACAUCACCAUGCUGAGGCAGCCGCUGCAGCAGUUUGUGUCGGCCUUUGAGUACUACGGCAACAUCCCCGGCAGCUACAUCAACGCCAUCAUGACCAGCAACGUCAGCAACCCACUGGCGGAGUACCUGGGCCACCCCGCCCUGUACGAGUCCACUCUGCGGUACAUGACGUACCUCCGCAACAAGCAGGCCGAGGACCUG